GUUAGGGCACAUGCUGUUCGUGGUCUCCCAGCCUCACGCAGCCGCAGUCGCUCUUCUUCAUCUGUCGCAGCCUCUGCUUUCUCUCUCAGCCGCAGCAACCAUCUUCGUCCUCACGCAGCCGCAGUCGCUCUUCUUUCUCGCAGCCUCUUCUUCCUCUCGCAGCCGCAGCAACCAUCUUCGUCCUCACGCCACUCGCCUCACGCAGCCCCAGUCACGCAGCCCUCUUCGUCCUCACGCAGCCGCAGCCCUCUUCGUCCUCACGAAGCCGCAGGUCCUGCUGCCGCGAGUUCCUCACUCAGCCGCAGCCCUUUGGAGUCUGGGGACUCUCUCUUCCUCUCUCUCGGUAGGGUCUGCCGUCCCACGACGGUCGAAAAAGAAGGGGAGAAAAAAUGGUGCAGUAUAAUUUCAAGAAGAUGACGGUCGUGCCGUCGGGGAAGGACCUGGUGGACAUCGUGCUGUCGCGGACACAGCGGCAGACACCGACGGUGGUGCACAAGGGCUACGCCAUUUCCCGCCUCCGGCAGUUCUACAUGCGAAAGGUGAAGUUCACCCAGACCACCUUCCACGACAAGCUCUCCACCAUCAUCGACGACUUCCCCCGCCUCGACGACAUCCACCCCUUCUAUUCCGACCUCCUUCACGUGCUCUACAACAAGGACCACUACAAGCUCGCCCUUGCCCAGGUGAACACCGCUAGAUCCCUCAUCGGCCGCGUCGCCAAGGAUUAUGUCCGCCUGCUCAAGUUCGGCGACUCCCUGUACCGCUGCAAGUCCCUGAAGGUCGCUGCACUCGGUCGGAUGUGCACCAUCGUCAAGCGCAUAGGUCCAUCCCUCGCUUACCUCGAGCAGGUCCGCCAGCACAUGUCCCGUCUCCCCUCCAUCGACCCCAAUACCCGCACCAUCCUCAUAUGCGGCUUCCCCAACGUCGGAAAAUCAUCCUUCAUCAACAAGAUCACUCGCGCCGACGUCGACGUCCAACCCUACGCCUUCACCACCAAGUCCCUCUUCGUCGGCCACACCGACUACAAGUACCUCCGCUACCAAGUAAUCGACACCCCCGGCAUCCUCGACCGGCCGUUCGAGGACAGGAAUAUCAUUGAAAUGUGCAGCAUCACCGCCCUCGCCCACCUCCGUGCUGCCAUCCUCUUCUUCCUCGAUGUCUCCGGCUCUUGUGGGUAUACCGUCAAGCAGCAAGCCUCCCUUUUCCACAGCAUCAAAUCCCUCUUCGCCAACAAGGCCCUCAUCAUCGUCUGCAACAAGAUCGACCUUCAGCCCCUGGAGUCUCUCCCGGAGGAGGACCGCCUCCUGGUGAUGGAGAUGAAGGAGGAGGCAGCCAAGACGGCUGCCACUGCGGGAGGAGGUGGGGAGGAGGACAAGGUGCUUCUGACCAUGAGCACGCUGACGGACAUCGGGGUCGUAGACGUGAAGAACACCGCCUGCGAGAGGCUGCUGAACCAGAGGGUGGAGGUAAAAAUGAAGUCCAAGAAGAUGAACGAGUGCCUGAACCGGUUCCACGUCGCGAUGCCGAAGGCCAGGGACAACAAGGAGCGGCCUCCGUGCAUUCCUCAGCGCGUACUUGAGGCGAGGGCAGGGGAAGCUGCUGCUGCUGCUACUGGCGAUGGGGAGGAGGCAGCUAAGGUGAAGACCGAGGGAAGGAAGCUUGAGAAGGAUAUUGAGAACGAGAAUGGCGGAGCAGGUGUCUAUUCUGCCAAUCUGAAGAAGCAUUACAUUCUUGCGGACGACGAAUGGAAGGAGGAUAUAAUGCCGGAGAUCUUAGAUGGACACAAUGUCUACGAUUUCGUAGAUUCUGAUAUAUUGGCACGGGUUGAGGAAUUGGAGAGGGAGGAGGGCCUUCGUCUUCAGGCAGAAGAGGGCGACGAGGACGAGGAGAUGGAGGGAGCAGAAUUGACAGAGGAAGAACAGAAGGUGUUGGCAGAGAUCCGAAAGAAGAAGAGCUUGCUCAUUCGGGAGCAUCGGAUGAAGAAGAGCACGGCUGAAAGCAAGCCAAUUGUGCCGAGGAAAUUUGACAAGGAUCGAAAAUUCACUACUGGGAGAAUGGGUAGGGAGUUAUCUAAAUUAGGUAUGGACCCUAGUGCUGCCGUUAACAGGGCAAGGAGCAGGUCUGUGACUAGGAGAGGAAGAAAGAGGGAGAGGUCCGGUGCGCCAGGUGGCGAUGGUGGAGCUGAUGCCAUGGAUGUGGAUGACGACCAACCUAACAAGAAGUUGCGUUUGCGAGAUAGAUCAAGAUCCAGGUCAAGACCUCCUUUUGGUGAAAUUGUCCCUGGGGAAGGUUUCAAGGAUUCUGCGCAGAAGCAGAAGGCCCUCGCUCUUGCGAAGAACUCUGCCAAGAAGAGAAAUAAGGCUGCCCGACGUGGAGAGGCCGACAGGGUUAUUCCGAACUUGAAGCCCAAACAUUUGUUCUCUGGAAAGCGUUCAAUUGGGAAGACAGACAGAAGAUAAAAAGUUGUCUUUGGACCAGGUUUUCAAUGAUAUAAAUGGCCUAAUGCCACCUGUGGGGAACAAAAGAUCCAGUGUGCAUAUGUUCUCAAACAUCCACAAGUGAUGGCCCAUCGGGAUAUAAAUAACUCCAGGGUUGCAAGGCGAAAUUAUGUCCUUUUCCAUUGUUUCUUUCAUAGCCGCUGUCCCUUCCUUUUUCUUUCUCUUCAUCUACUACUUUGAUAUCCCAAUUUUGUCAGUUAGGAUGUUUCCAUACCAUAAAAUUAUUUGUGCUGUGAAUUUUAACAAAAGAUUAAUAUUAUAUCUUGUUUGUUUUAGAAUGAGGAUUCUCGAAUUUGUUCAAUGGCUUUGCAUGUCCAAAUUGUUGGGGGGUCUGGGAGCUGUUGUUAGUAGUUUGGCAGGUGCAGGAGCUGAUACUGCAGGCGAUCGGCUAUGCACUAUGGCCUUCUGAAGCUUGGUCAAAACAUUUGCUUGGCUGGUUGUCAGGACUGACAUACUGUUGCUUUAGAGAUCGCUCUUGAGAGUCCCUUGAAAGUGAAAUAUAAUGGUGUUAUAUUUUUCCUGCUUGUCAAAACAGAGGGCCUGCUUCUGUGACCAUUUUCCUGCUAGGACUUGUGAGGUUUAAAACAAUCAAGCUGCGUUGUUUGCAGUUAGUUUUCUAUGUUUUACUCCGGUUGCUUAUUAAUAUAUAUAUCAUCACUUCUGCUUC